AUGCACCGCGCAGGACACGUCUCCCCGGGAGUGGCCUGUCUCCCCCUCCUCCCCCUGCCCCCCCUGUCUCCCCCUCCUCCCACCGCCCCCCCUUUCUCCCCCUGCCCCCCCUGUCUCCGCCUCCUCCCCCUGCCCCCCCUUUCUCCCCCUCCUCCCCCUGUCUCCCCCUCCUCCCUCUGCCCCCCUCCUCCCCCUGUCUCCCCCUCCUCCCUCUGCCCCCCCCCUCCUCCCCCCUCCUCCCCCUGUCCCCCCCCUCCCCCUGUCUCCCCCAGGCCUGUGAUGACCAGUACGUGA